AUGUCAGCGUCGGUGGAUUUGGCAGGGCUCCAAACCGAACGGAGAAAUCCAAAUAGCGUGGACAUUGAUCAGAUCUCAACGGUCGAGCUCUGUCAGAUUAUCAAUCGUGAAGAUGCGACGAUAGCAAAGGCGGGUUCGAAAUGCGUUCCCGUUAUUGCAACGGCUAUUGAUGUUUUGGCCGCUCUACUAGGUGUGCUCGAUGCCUCUGAGAUUCCUCCCGCAUAUUCUGCUCCGGAAGGACAAUUCGUUGGGCUCAUUGCCGGCGGCGACGACGCACUGCGUCAUGCUCAAGAAGGUGCUGAAGAUGAUGUCGACGCGGCGGUGAGAGACCUCGAAGCUCUCGAGUUAGACGGCAAGGUGGACUCCCUUGUCGGCAUUGCAUCGCACGCUUUAUGUCCUGAGUUGCAUAUCAUGGUCGAUCUAAAAGCAACCAAUCUGAAACUCCAGCAGAGAUCUCGAAACAUCCUUCGCAGUAUCUGUGGCUCUUCGUGCCCCAGUUCGGACUCUGAAUUAGAUGACCGACUGAAAAGCUGCGGUAGAAGCACCAAACUCGCUAUCGCGGCCUUGAGUUUAGGAGUACCUGUCUCGGAAGCAAAACAGCGUUUGGCCGAAGCUGGCGGCGUCUUAGCAACCGUCUUGACGAAACCCGUGUCUGAUAUGACCGCCGACUCUGUUCUGUGCAUUGAUGGAGGUGGGAGUAAAUGUGCCGCCGUGAUCAUGUCUCCCGACGGCACGAAAGGAUAUGGAGAAGCCGGCGGUUGCAAUGUGACGGAUGUUGGCGUCGAAGCCGCAAUCCUGUCAAUAUCGCUUGCAAUUCAACGGGCAAGUGACUCGCACCCGAUUCUCCGUGGUGAAAUAUGGCGGCCACAUCUCUUCUCGCCAAUCUGGGCUGCGCUUGCGGGGCAUGACCGGAAAGAUAUCGCCACCAGUUUCGACAAAUCUCUAGAAAACAUGUUCAAACGACCCCUGGGUGCAAAGUUGAAAGUGGCCAACGACAUCGAACUUCUCGCCACAUCGGCGGCCGAGAAGCACACGCUGGGUUCCGCAGUCGUGCUUGUGGCGGGUACUGGAUCUGUCGCGAUGAGUUAUACGCGUGAACCAGCUGGCCUUGUACGAACCGGGAGAUCGGGAGGCUGGGGUCAUCCGCUUGGAGACGACGGUUCGAGUUUCGACACUGGGCGACAAGGCGUUCGAUUCGCGUUGAGAGCACUGGAUGAGUUCAACCAUCGACAAAACGGAGUAGCUGAAGCUACAAUCCAGGCUCCUCUCGCUCAGCGGAUCCUCAAGCAUUUCCGGCCCAAAGGCACCGACACGCUGGACUUCGACUUACUCAGCGCCGUGCUUGCCUCGUCUUCAGACCAAGAGAAGAAGAGGCUCAUUGCGGAAGCCGCACAGAUCGUGAUCGAAGCAAGCCCCGAAGACACGGAGGCAAAAGCCAUCGUCAGGAAUGCGGUUUGCAGUCUCGUCUCCACACUUGAUCCUAUCAUCAGUUCUCCGCGUUUUGACCCUGCCAUGUCGAUAUUGGUGCUAGCAGGCGGUUUGAUGCAGAGUAGUAUAUUUGGGCAGACAGUGAAGAAUUAG